AUGCAAAAAGCUCUGGACGGCAGCAUCGAUCUACCUAUUGCGAGCCUGAUCAAGAGCAAUAACAGCAGCAGCAGCACUGCUCCGUGCGCCGUGUCGUCCGCGGUUCCGUCCAACAGCAUCGGCAACCGUAGCAACAGCAGCAGUAGCAGCAGCAGCAGUAGCAGCAGCAGCAGCAGCAGCAGCAGCAGUAGCAGCAGCAGCAGUAGCAGCAGCAGCGGCACUAGCAGCAGAGGCGCAGCACCACCACCAUCAACUAGCGCCGAGGCACGCACCAAAAAGUAUCGCCAUCAACAGUUCAGCAAGAACAUCUACAUCGGCACCAAGAACGCGGAGAAGUGGGACACGCUCCGGAACGCGCUGCUCUUCAAGAACGACGUCGAGUUCGUGUCGUUCCUGCUGAAGCUGGCGGAGGGCAGCAGCGGCUGGAAGAAGGAUGGUCUCGCACUGAACGGCUUUCACACAGAGACGGCGACGGUUGCAAAAUCCCGCCCCGGCAGCGGCGCUGCUGCGGCUGGCGGCUUGGAGACGAAGCCAAGUGGACGUACGAGGCAUCUCCUGCAGGAACAGCAGCAGCAGCUCUCACCAACAACUGUCAGUCUGAGCAGCUCAAAGCAGGCUUCGGGCAAGAAAGCCAAAAGAGUACAAUUCAAUAAAAAUGUAAAUAUUAUAAAUAACAUCGACGAGGGCGAGCGCAGGCGAAGCAGGAAGGUACCGGCGAACGCCCCCUACCGGACCACCCUGCCGCCCGGAGGCUUCAGCGAGCCGUCACAAACGCACGCCGAGCUGGUGGAAACGACGCCGAUGGAGGGCGACGAGGCGGACGAGCUGGAACCAGACGAGGAGGAUGAAGAGGACGUAGAGGAGGACGAGGAGGACGCGGAAGAGUUCGGGGCCAACAAUCAACAACCACAACCACAGCAACAACAACAACAACAGCACUCAGCGUACCUCGCGGACGUCGAUGUCGCGAAGAAAACGUCGCUACGCAAAACGCACCAUCAACCGCAACCCUGCCCAGCAGCUCAACAAUCUCAGCAGCAGCAGCAGCAGCAGCAACAGCAGCAGCAGAGCAACGAAGUGCAGCAGGACUCGAUCAGCAGCACGAUGGGCUCGGUGUCGGAAGACUCGCUGCACACCGAGACGGAGGUGCUGGACUAUCGGAUUGCCGAGAAAAUCAAGACCGAGCUGGAGGAGAAGCAGAAGCUGGAGCGCCGGAGCACCGUCGGCACCGGAACCGAGGAGCAGCUCCCGACGACCUCGAGCCUGUUCGGUGAGCCGACUGACUUUGAUGUCCCGGCGGCGGCCGCGGCGGCGAUCAACCCACUGGUCGACAGCAAACCGUCGGACGUGGUGCUGAACCAGCUGGCGGUCUGCGUCCAGGAGCUGUCAAAGGUGCGCCCAACGCCACAUUAUAGCAACCAGGGCGGCGGCGGAAGCGGUGAAGCGGUGUGCAACGGAGGAAGCCGCAACAAGGGGAAGGGUAAGCGAGGACGUUUGGGCGGCGGUUUGGGCAGUGCGGAAUCGGUGGACCUGCACAUCGAGUACGAGGAACAGGAAUACCGGGGACUACCCGGGUUGGCGGGCGUUGACGGGGACGGAGGCGAUGGGCAGCGGGCAACGCCGAAAGCGCUGCGCCAUGCCGCCCCACCCGGCCCAGGGGUGGUCCAGGGCCGCAAGGGCCGGAAGGGGUGCGCGGUGGGCAAGCACAAGGUGUGCCCGGGGUGUAACAUCAAGCACGGCGCGGCCGAACCGUGCCCGCUCAGCACACCGCUGCUGACCAUCAGUAACAAAAUCGAGCUUAGCCAGUGGUUGGAGCAGAACGAGGAGCUGAUCAAGAAGCACAAGCUGUUCCUGAAGCCCCUCAUCGGCCACGCGGACGAGACGGACGAUGAAGAGGCGGAGGAUGGGCACUACGACGACGACGACGAGGACGACGACGAAGACGACGAUGGCGGCGGCGGUGGCGGCGUCGGCGAGGACGACGACGACGACGAGGACAUCGAGGACAGCGGGGAAGGGGUCGGCCGGAGGACGGGGGGCGAUCGGCUGGACCUGAUACCGUCGUUCUCCGAGAUCUCCGUGCCGCCCGAGUUUGAGCUACGGCUCUGCCCGCAGUCGACCGCCGCCGUCGCCGCCGCCGUAGCGACGACCAGCGGCAACAUCACUAGCACCACCACCACCAGCACCACCACCAAUACUGGUGCAAUCGGCGAAACAUCGCAACAAGAGCAAGCGGACCUUACGGCCGACUCGAAGGGUCCGCCGGGCCUUCUGGUGUCACCUGGCGGCCUUACGCCUCCACCGCCACAGUUGGCCGCCCCGGGUGGGAAGCGACGGGGCGAAGGGGUCGGCCACGGGCUGAGCAUCUACGCGACCGCCCCUAUCGCCCGCUACACCCGGAUCGGGCCCCUCACCGGGCAAAUAGUGCCGGAAACGGAGAUCCAGGACGACGCCACCAUGCGCCACAUCUUCGAAACGUUCGACGGCUGCAAGUCGACGUACGUGAGCACGGAGAACAAGAACCUCUCCAAUUGGCUCCGCUACAUACGGCCGGCGAAGAGCCGCGACCAGAAGAACUGUGUGCUGCAGGUGCACGAGGGCAACAUCUACUUCGUGACCAGCGGCGACCUGGAGCCGGGCGCCGAGCUGCUCUACUGGAGCGACGACAGCAACUCGGCCUGGGGCAAGAAGAAGAUGGAGAAAACGAACUGCGGCGGCUGUAACCUGAAGUUUGACCAUCCGCUGUACUACCGGACGCACUGCUCCGUGUUCCACGAUCCCGGGUUCAGUCUGACCAUCCGGAAGUACCACUGCAAGGUGUGCGGUGUGGCCGUCCUGGGCAAGGAAAACAUCAUGAAGCACGCCGAGAAGCUGCACGACGGCAAGGGUGCCUACCAGUGUCAGUUUUGCCAGAAGUUUUUCCUACGCCUAAACUACCUGGAGAUGCAUCGGACGUACGGGUGCAGCGCCAACCCGCAGCGCACCCGGCCGCUGUGCGACUUCUGCGGCCGGAAGUUCUGCCAGCCGCAGAAGCUGAAGGUGCACAUCAAGCGCAUGCACAGCGACAUGGCCGACGUGCUGCGCGACUUCCAGUGCAAGCUGUGCUCGAAGCUGCUCGGCUCUCGGGCCGCCCUGCAGCGGCACUCGAAGGAGGUCCACAGCCGCAACUCGGCCGUCGUCAGCUGCCCGCGCUGCCAGAAGCUGUUCCAGAAUCGCUCGAACCUCAAGAUCCACAUGCUGACCCACUCCGGCGUGCGACCGUUCAAGUGUGCUGAGAACGAGUGCACGGCCGCCUUCACCACCAAGCAGUGUCUGCAGUUCCACUACAAAAAGGUCCACGGCUACACGCAGGAGCAGAUGCCGAAGAUCGAGCGCAGCGUGGCGUACACGUUCGACGCCUACUCCGGCGGGCUGAACGAUGGGCUAGUCGGUGAGUACUGCUAGGGAGUACAGCGCCGUCAGCGGCGUAAGUCAUCGGCGUCGGAGGAGGGAGGCUACGGUAGCGAGAAGCACCAGCACCAACCGGCGCGGCUACCGUCGCCCUUCUCGAGCAGCUUGCUCAAGACGAAAAACAUCCUCGAGUCGUUCAACGACCUGUGCCGAACGGAGAACAACCUGUCGCUGCUGUCGACCAAGAUAUCGUCCAUCCUGAACAACAACCUGAAGGACAUCGCAAAGGUGGCCGCCAUUAGCGGCGGCGGAAGCCUGGAGGAAGCGGACCACCGAACCGGGGCGGACCGGUUGGAGGAGAUGCAGCACCUGCAGCAGCAGAAGUCGUCUCCGGUUGGCAGCCUGCAGCACGUCAGCCAGCUGCAGGCCCACCGGCUCAACAUAUCAACGCAGCUGGAGGGCACUCCGGCCGCCGCCCUGCAACAGUACAAGCUGAUGGGCGAGGACGAGGACCUCAAGGGGGCGGUCAGCGCGGGCGAGGAUGUGGACGACAGCUUCGUCGACAUGACGUCGCUGGCGAACACGCUCAAGUACAAGGAGUACGUGAACGGGGCCAGCAACGCCGGGCUGGUGCUCAGCAAGGGCAGCAAGAAGUGGAUCAGUGACGCGGACCAGCUGGCGGUGGGCGGCGGUGGCGGAGGCGGCGACAGCCAGCAGGGCGACGGCAUGCUGAGCGCCGUCGCGACCGGGCGUGACUUCCUCACCAAGCUCAUCAUGAACGGCAACGUCGGCAGUGCCACCCCGUCGCACGUGGCCGACGACGACGAGGAGGACGACGACAACUCCACGAUUCUUGACGUCGUCGACUCCAACAACCAUCACCAGCAACAGCAGCAGCAGCAGCAGCACCAACAGCAUCAGCACCACCAACAGCAGCAGCAGCAGCAGCAGCAGCAGCAGAACCCGCAGCAGCACGCGCUCCAACAGUACACGUCCACCUUUACCGGGCUCAGCCUGCCCGACCUGCCCUCGUUCCAGGGCCACGCGUUCCAGGGUCACUUCAACCACCAGACGCUGCUCGGGUCGUUCUACAACAACAGCAGCGCGGUCGUGGCGGGCCGCAACACGCUCAACACGAUCCCCACCUCGGCCAGCAUGCUGGUGGAGGCGGCCCUCAACUCGGUCAGCAGCAUCAUCACGGACGCGGAGAUUAGUACAAACACCGGCAACGGCGGUGGCGGUGGCGGUGGUGGCACCAAUGGCAACGGAACGACAGCGACUGGCGGCGGCGCUUUCAGCCAAGCAGCCGCCAGCAUGGACGUCGACUCGGUCGACAGUCUGAAGCUGCUGAAGUCACACCAAUUCUCGCUCCAGCUCAACUCGAUGGCGCAGUAUGCAGCGCAGCAGCAGCAGCAGUCGCCGUCGGCCGCCGCCCGGCCAAAGUCCCGCGAGAAGCUCUCGGCCAUCUACGAGGACGGCGAGAUGCUGGGCUACGCGGACGCCCAGGCCGGCGGCAAGCUGGCGUCGGGCGUCUCGGACGCGGUGCGCAACGUCACCCUGUCGCCGGAAACGCAGACCGCCGACUACGCACCUUACUCGGCGGCGGCGUCCGGUUCGACGGCGGGCGGCCGUGGCCAGCAGCAGCAGCAGAUGACGACGGACUCGCCGGUGCGCUCCGUCUCACGCCAGAUCUACGCCGACCAUGACCUGAUAUCGCCCGCAUCGACGCCAUCGCUGCCGAGGUAUGACUUCGGGCCGGCCGAUAGUGGCGGCGGCUACGUGGCGGCACGCGGCCAGCGGCCCGACCCGAAGUCCAUCAGCUCGCUCGCGCUCGACAGCUUCGAGGCCAACCUGAAGGGUGGGCACCACCUGCAGCAGCAGCAUCACCAGCACCAGCACCAGCACCACCAGCAGCAGCAGCAGCAGCACCAUCAUCACCUGUCCAGCGACGAGGACAACAGCAUCGUGAUCGCGGAGAAUCUUACCGUGAGCGCGGUCCAGACGCAGGACCAGAAGCUGAAACUGUCCGCCGCGACCGCCGGGGCGGCCGACUUCCUGCAACAGCAGCACCAGAAGUACGUCGGCCAGGACACUGGGCGGGCCGCGGCCAGCAUGGCGAACGCCGAGAUGCGCCUGAAGUACGGCUCGGAGCCGAGUGUCGGCGAGCUGGCCGACUUCCGGGCGAACCCGAUCGCCGACGCAUCCGACUUCCAGGGGCUAGACAUGUCCUCCAGGACGGCGCUGCCGGCCGCCUACCAUCACGCCAACUUCCAGCUCUCGGGCCAGCCCGGGACGAACCUGAACUUUAACCGGUACCACCAUCACAUCUACGACAUACUGAGCGAGCGAGACCAGCAACAGUCGCAAGCUCAGCAGCAACAACACCAUCCACAGCAGCAACAACAGCAACAGCAACAGCAGCAGCAGCAACACCACCAUCAGCAGCAGCAGCAGCAGCAGCAGCUACAGCACCUGGUGCAGGAACACGUCCAGGGGCAGGACGGGGACGCGGACCAGGCGGUGUCGGUGGACCUGAGCCGCAGCUCGAGCUACCUGGUGUCGCCAUCGUCGCCAGCUGUAUCCUACGCGGCCCACUCGCACUCGGACAUGAUCCGCAUGGUGUCGCUCGACCUGAGCGCCAACACCAGCUCGCACCACGCCGCCAUCAACAACGGGGCGGCGCACCACUCGGUGCGCCACACGUCCUUCAUCUCCUCCCAGCUCCAGCCGGCGACUAGCGCCACCGCCGCGGCCGCCGCAGCCGCUGCCGCAGCCGCAGCCGCCGAGCAUCACCGGCUGCUGACGAGCGAACAGCUGGCCGCCUCCAACCACCGGCUCCUGGUCGGUGACCCGGCGACGCACCUCAUCUUCGCGGAGCAAAACCAGCGGCUACUGUCGGACGCGGCCGGCGCUGGUCAGUCUGCACCGGUGGUGCCACCUCCGCCACCGCCACCGCCGCCACCGCGCCACGUGGUGUCGCCUUCGCGGGGAUUCGGUGCGUACCACCACCACCAUCACCAUCACCACCACCACCAGGUGGGCGGCUCCAACUACCAUCACCAUCCGAUGAAGCAAAACCUCGCCUCACCGCCACUCAAUCAACAUGCCACCGCGGCCGCCUACCAUCCGUUUCCCACGUACUACUAG